GUUGUGUGAGGUUCCUGCCGGACUGAGCAGGGUCUCUUCGGCUGGUAACAGAUGACGUAACAGGAGCGAUGUUUUACAGACAACAUUUCUCGGCAGAAACGCUUUGUCAUGUCUCAAACUUUCCCCGUGCGUGUUUGAGACAGCAGUCAUUAGUCAGCAGCACACACAGUUAGAAACAUUGUGUCCUCGUGUGUUGAAGAUUAACCGGAUGCAGUUGUUUUGAAAUACCCAGCUUGCUGCUCUCUCUCAGACACAAACACAGUCGCUUCUCGCCUCGUCGAGCCCGUGUCCCUGCUUUCCCACCACCUUUUAUUUUUGUAAAAAUGGCUUUUAAUAAAACGUACAUUAGUAUCGGCUAUGCCUCGUUUGGGACGCUCAUGGGGUUUUCUGCUUUCCUGGUGUGGAACAUCGCGUUCAGACAGCCGUGGACUGCAGCCAUAGGAGGACUGGCAGGUGUGCUGGCGCUGUGGACCCUGAUCACUCACGUCAUGUACCUGCAGGACUACUGGAGGACUUGGCUGAAGGGCCUCAAGUUCUUCUUCUUCAUCGGAGUCUUCUUCUCUCUGUUAGCGGUUGUGGCCUUCAUCAGUUUCCUGUCUAUUGCCAUCCACAACAAAGAGUCCCUGACGGACCCCAGGAGUCUCUACCUGUCCUGUGUGUGGAGCUUCAUGAGCCUCAAGUGGGCCUUCCUGCUCUCCUUGUCCGCCCACCGCUACCGCCAAGAGUUCGCCGACAUCAGCAUCCUCAGUGACUUCUAAGGACACUAAAACAUCCCGCAGUGACUACACAAAUUUUAUAGAACAGCCUGAGAGUCCGAAGGAGAGGAGACUUUCGGAGGAAUCAGAGGAGAGUUUUAAAUACUUUGUGUUGUGGAUAAACACCCUGAUCCUGGUAACUCUCCUGCCUUCUUGGCCUAAACCUCCUUUUUUUAAAUAUCGGUGAAGGAUUUGUUGCUGACUUGGCCACAAACAAAUCCAGCCCUGCUUUUUAGGAUCACUGAUGGAUUUUAAAUGGAGAGAAUUAUUGCGCUGUAACUCUUAGUGUUGCAGUUUGUGCUGUAGCCACAAGAGGGAGCCAUCCUUUCAACAGUUAAGCGCCAUGUUCUGUGUGCGCUUGACAUCCCAAAUUACAGUGUGUUAUAUUGAAAUUUUCUCAUUCAAUAAAUGAUGAAGAGUUGCACACGCAGCAGUUAAAUUAUGUAAUCAAAUAUUACAAUGCAUUUGAUGAAAUCACGAUGUACAUCCAAGCCCUGCUUUAACAAAGUGUAUUGAGGUCUUGCAGUGGGCAGGUCACCCAUAAUACUGCAGCAUCUACAUGAAUGCUUUCAUUUUAUAAGCACCACAUUUCCUGGUUUAUAUAAUAUUGAACCAUGAAGUGGCAUUUUUUAUGUAAAGAAUGAUUUUUAUAUUAUUUGUAUCGGUGUGAAAAACAAGGCUGAGUGUGAAGUCGGGCCUCAGUUAUGGCUUUAAUUCACAACAUAAGCGACACUACUAAUGCUCAUGCAUGUUGCUUCACAUUUGAUUGUCUUCACCUGAACCAUUUAUGACAUUUAUAUUGUUGCUUUAUGAGAUUAUGUUUCUUUUAUUUGUCUACAUCCCCAUGUUAAAAAAUGAAGAAAGACAUUGUGUAUCCACAUCACUGAACGUAUGAGUGUGUGUUUGUAUAAUGAGUGUCUGAUAGUUAUUAAAAUGUGUUUUUUGACAUUG